AAAGCAAGGCGGCGCCGCCGUCCAAAGCGCCACUGUGGCCUCAUCGCUGCACGCCGACGCCCGUCUGCACUCAUUUGUGAUCAGUAGUCACCCACGCAUCACUGCUGAGGCAACGGAGGCCGCGCGCCAGCCACAGGAGAGGGCAGGCCUCUUGCAGCACCGCAGCGAGAAACGCCGCGACGCCUCUGCGCAGCCGUAAGCCAUGGCCACCACAACAACAGCGGCGGUAGCCAACGAAUCGACGGAGCGAGAAACGGACACGCAGGUCGAGGAGCGCUUCUGCCGCUUCCUGCUCGACUACUCCGCGGCAAGCGUGGGAGACGAAACAGCCAGGGAGCCCGACGCGCGGCCCUACGUGCAACAAUUAGAAAGGAUGGUCACCGACGAAGAAAGCUCAACGGUGAGAGUCGACUUUUUCGAGCUAGAUGCGUUCGACGGCGAGCUAGCUUUGGCAGUAGAAAGUGAAUACUACCGUUUUGAACCUUGUGUAAGGGCGGGAGCGAAACGAGCCUACCGAGAAGUGAGGGCACGAGUCACGACGGGCGAAGACCGGCGGCCGGGCCAGGCGGAUCCGGUCGACGCGAAGACGUUCUUCGUCGCGUUUCGUAAUUUGAAAUCAGCGCCGGAGAAGCUCCGGGAUCUGCGAUGUGAUAAAAUUGGUACGUUGGUCCAAUGUCGAGCUGUAGUUACGAGAACCUCAGAUGUGAGACCGGAACUACUCGCUGGUAGCUUCCUAUGCCUGAAAUGUGGAUUGGAAGCCCCGGAAGUGCCCCAACAGAUGAGGUACACGACCCCGACCAUCUGUCGGAACCCCCAGUGCAACAACGCCUCGAAAAAUAAAUGGCAAUUACAAAUGGACCGGAGCAAGUUCGCCGACUGGCAGCGAAUUCGGGUCCAGGAGGCCACCGAUGAAAUACCGGCCGGUUCCUUGCCUCGCUCGUUGGAUGUCAUCGUGCGCGACGAGAUGGUCGAGCAAGUGAAGGCGGGGGAUAAAAUUGUCGCUACUGGUUGCCCUUGUGUGGUCCCCGAUGCCGGGGGUUUGGCUCGGGCCGGAGAAAAUGCUGUUGCAGGAAGGUUAAACAACAUGGCGCAAGGCGUUACCGGUGCGCAAUCGGUAGCGGGUACGCGCGAAAUGACCUAUAAGAUGCUGUUCUCGGCUUGUGGUGUCGAGCGAGCCGAAGAGGCAGAUGGCAGAGGUAGGGAUGAUGACGAGGCCGACGACGCCCUGAGGCAGUUGAAAUCCGCGGGAGGCGCAUUGGAUGGUGUGGAAGACAUCGUGACGCCUCGCGACGCGAAGGACGCGCUCACCGCGAAGAAGAUGCGCCAACGACCGAGGUUGUAUGACGCUCUAGCUGAAAGCAUAGCGCCCGCCGUGUUCGGCCAUAAGGAUAUAAAACAUGGCAUACUCCUACAGUUGGUUGGAGGCGUGGCCAAACAGACGCACGAGGGCAUCAAGCUGCGAGGUACGAUCAACGUCUGUGUCGUUGGUGAUCCUUCUACCGCAAAAUCACAGUUUUUGAAGUACGUCCAUACCUUUCUCAGUAGAAGUGUAUAUACGUCGGGCAAAGCCGCGUCAGCCGCAGGAUUGACCGCAUGUAUAGCACGAGAUAGUGAAACAGGAGAAUUCGGCGUCGAGGCAGGAGCUUUAAUGUUGGCGGACAACGGCAUUUGCUGCAUCGACGAGUUCGACAAGAUGGAUGCCACCGACCAGGUCGCGAUCCACGAGGCCAUGGAGCAGCAGACUAUUUCCAUCACGAAAGCGGGCAUCCAAGCGAAUCUCAACGCGAGGACCGCCAUCCUAGCCGCGGCGAACCCGAAGCACGGCCGCUACGACCGCACGAAGACGCUCAAAGCGAACGUGGACAUGACGAUGCCGAUCAUGUCGCGGUUCGACCUGUUUUUCAUCGUCAUCGACGACUGCGACGAAGUUACCGAUCGGAACGUGGCCAAGCACAUCGUCGACGUCGCCGCCGGCGAGGCGCGGGCCCUCGAUGCGCCUUUUACCAUCGAUGAGUUACGGUCGUAUAUUCGCGUGGCCAAGAAGAUCCAACCUGUGAUCACGGAUGCUGCCGCUAAGACCUUGGUGGCUUGUUAUAGGCAGUUGCGGCAGAAUGAUGUUGUUGGUAGAUCUAAAACCGCUUAUAGAGUCACGGUAAGACAGCUCGAAUCUUUAGUACGACUCUCAGAAGCGCAUGCCAGGAUACAUCUCAGUCAGACCGUGGAGCCGGACAACGUCAAAGAAGCUUUUAGGUUGUUGAAAAGAUCUAUCAUUUCCGUCGAGAGCGAAUCAGUGCUAUUGGAAGAAAUCGACGAGGAUGAUCUAGAAGCUGCUGCUGCCGUAGAGAUACCAAAUGUAGGAGAGAAGCGUCCCGCCGAAGAUGAGCCGGAGUCGCCCGCGAAGCCCGCUCCUACCGAAGACUCGCCAGCGAAGCCGCCUCCGAAGAAGAAGGCCAAGGUCCAGCUGUCCUACGAGGACUAUACGCGCUACCGGGCACUGAUUACUACUCAUUUGCGAUCUAGAGCGACGUUGGACGGUGUCCCAGGCUUGAAGAGGAGUGCGGUGGUCGACUGGUACCUCAAAACCCAUGCCGACGAGGUGGGCGAGGAGACGGCAGCACAUGCGAAAUUACUCAAGCAGAUCCUGAAGCGCCUGCAGAAGGACGAUUUAGUUAUAGUGGUGGCGCACGAAGACAAUGAGCCGGUAUUAGCGGUGCACCCGAACGUGGACGUGGCGGACGCGUCGGCGGCGUAGUCGGGUAAGCUAUUCUUAACACA